AUGAAGAUACAAGAUGAGGGUCACGAGUUGACACCCGAACAAGCUAGCUCGAUAGUCGGUCCGUGGGCCCAGGCCCAAUUCGACGAAUGGAAGUCUCUUGACUCCGGAGGUCAUUUCUGGACUUGGCUCCAUCGAAGAUGGGCACCAGACGCGGCAGACUCAAUCAUCAACUGCAAGCUAUCCGGGACGUGUACAGUGGUCACAUGCCGCUUCAUCGACGACCAGCACGAUAUUGAGGACCAAUGGGCCGCUUACUGGACCCUGGAAGCUAUUGCUACCUUCCACAACGUGGCGUACGAAGUCAAGAGUGCCAACGAAAAAGCAUGGUCCACUGUACGAAGCGACCUUGGUAAUAUUAUGACGAAAUUCUCCGAUGGUAGCAAUAUCGAGAAGCACAAAGCGAGGCACGAUCGGAACUGGAAGAUCGCAAGCCAUAUUAACACCACGUUGGCUAUGCUUCUUUCUUCUGUUGGGGUGUUUCUAGGUGCUGUUAUGGCAGUAGGCGAGAUAACCGCCGUACUUGCUCUGGAUAUCAACGUGAUUCGCCUCAUGGCCGCUUCCGCAGGCUUGUUUGGCACCACAGCUUCAGGCGCUCUGAAUUUUGGAACGGAUAUGAUCGAGGCCAAAAAUUAUGUCUCCAAAACCACUAAUAUGAUUACUGCGGCACAGAAAGAAAGUCAGGAUCGGAUCGUAGACACUUUCGACAAGUUUAUGGUAGACCUACUCUCUGGCCAAGGCGACAAGACCAGCACAGACUCAAGACUUGUGCGCCUCAUUGAAAAGGGUCACUGGAAUAGGAGUAGUGUGUACACACCUGAAACCAACAAGGCUCUUCGAAAAAGAUGGGCGGCAAACUACAUCUCUACUAUUUGGAACAUCGAAAGGACCUACAUUGUCAUGGCCAACACUAGAAACUGUGAGAGCGACUCACGAGGGUUCGAAACUUUACGCGUCUGCCUAGAAGAAGCACCUGAAUAUGUGUUUUACGUCUUCUCAAAGUCGGUCAUUCGAGAAGGAACGAACCACAAGGCUCUUAUCCGAGGUCCGAUUGGCCACGGAGGUCUCAAGGCAUAUACUGGCUUCACGUUGAAGGAUGUCGUGCGAGCCUCUUAUGUGUAUUCUAAACACAAUGGCUAUAGUGUCAGUUCUGGAGCACCCGAGCCGGAUCAAGACUUAGUCGAUGGCUUNUUUGGCCCAACGACAGCCGAGGCUGGCGGUAAAGCCCAUGGUUUGUUCAAUAUCCCGAUUCUGUACUCUCCCGGAGGCCAGGCAAUAUCUUCCAUCAAUUCCAGAGACAAUCGAAAUUAUCCUUGUAUGGCUGCAGCGCUUCCAUGGUCGGAGAAACAACGCAACCAUAACCCAACUCUAGAAGCAAGAAAUUCUGGAAGUGAGAAAUGGACCGACAACGAUCCCAAGACCAUGUUCCAGUUUCUCAACGCUACCGGUUUCUACAAGUCCGGGGACUGGUGGAGCUAUUGUACCGGUAAUCGAAAGCACCAUGGGAACCACUGUCGCGGCAACAAGGAUCUCGACUGGACGGGCAAGUUCGGGUUGGGCCAGUACAAGAAGAUCCAUCAUCCAUUUAAGAAAUGCAAAGGCCGUGGACAUAAGUUCGUGGGUUGUGAGAGACCGCACAACAAUGGCUACAAAACGAACAAGUGUGGCGGCAAGCACAGUUUCGCUCUGGGAUCUGCGGAAGGCGAUAUCCAGGGGUACAACGAGACGGCACUCGAUUUGGAAGAAAUGUCGGAUGAUGUGGCCGAUCCUGGAGAUAGCGAAGACGAGGGAGACCAAUCGGACUGGACAGAUGGAGAGGAAGAGGGCGAUGAUGAAGACGAAGGCGAUGAUUCCGGACUGCCUGCAAUCCAGGAGAACAAGACCACCAACGUCGUUCCAUUUCACGCUUGA